AAUCCAGUUAAAAAUGGCAGAGUUAUGGUCGCUAGAAAACCUCUAGAAGAUUGUACAAAUUGAACCUAGAAGUCUAGUAAUGGUUUCUAAAUAUUCCACUUUUGGAUGGAGGAGAGGGGAGAAAUCUUCUUCUUGCUGCUACAGGAUUAAGAUACUGUGGAGAAAACUGUGUCCUUGUUGGCCUUUUCAGAAAGGAGAAGACAUGGCUCCUUUAACAGAAAAUGAUGGAUCCAAUACUCCUGUUAGAUACCGCCGAUCCAACAGGAGAACUAGUUCCCAGCCAUAUCUACAAUCAAUAAAUAAUUAUAAUCCUGUUCCGAAUAUCACGCUUGAUCGUUGGGAUACUAUUGUAAGCGAUCAAGAGGAUUCUGAAAAUGGUUUAAACCAUCAGAGACCUUUAUCCAGAAUUUGUUCCCCAAGACCAAGCAUUGAUCUUGGAUCCUACAGACUAGAAGCGGAGCGGAGGAAAAGUUUAUCCCCUGAACCUCCUAAACGUAGAAGAAGUUUAGCUCCUUCAUAUUUCUUUAGGAGAAGAUCUAAAGAUGAUGCCGAUAUCUCAAGCAAGUCAGGAACACCCUCACCUAUGGUCUCUCGGGGAGGAGGUUCCAGCGCCUGCGACCUAACUGAUCUCAGAGACUUCCCUCGCAGUGUGAGGGAAGGAAGUGCCCCUCGAAGUGUGAGAGAGGGAAGUGCCCCACGUAGUGUGAGAGAAGGGAGUGUUCCUCGCAGUGUGAGGGAGGGAAGUACAGGAAGUAACGAUACCGUAGACGGUGAAGAUGAAAAAUUUAAAUCAAGCACUUUAGGAAAUAGGUCUGAAUCUCUUGCCAGUAUUUAUAGCCAGGGAGAGGGAAGGUACGGUACAGUGAGUGUACAUGGAGAUAUUGAGUUUGGGUUUAUGUACAACCUGAGUUCUGGCUCCCUGGAUAUCAGUAUUAAACAGUGUAGAGAUCUAGCAGCUGUGGAUACUAAACGUAACAGAUCAGACCCUUAUGUAAAAGUAUAUUUGCUGCCGGACAAGAGUAAACCAGGGAAAAGAAAAACUAAAGUUAAGAAACAUACUCUCAAUCCAGUAUUCGAGGAAAUACUCAAGUUCAUGAUGCCCUUGGUGGAGGUAGAGAGGAGAACGAUGUGGAUCUCUGUCUGGCACUCCGACAUGUUCGGCAGGAAUGAUUUCCUUGGCGAGGUAAGUUGUUACCUGCUACCGGACCGUGUUGGGAAAAACAAACAAAAAACCAGUAUUUGUCGGCGCACCACCUCCCCCCGCUGGGACACCACGAUGACAUGGGAUGACCUUAGUAUCAGUGAGGUUGAGGAUCGUAGCCUGGAGAUCAUUCUUUACGAUCAUGACAGGAUGGGCCAUCAUGAGAUGAUGGGAGGAAUUAGGCUGAACUUAGGAACUGGUAAGCAUGGUGGUAAGGCAGCUUCCUGGAUGGAUGGAGCAGGACGAGAACUCACUUUAUGGCAGCAAAUGUUGGAUCGUCAGAACUUCUGGGUCGAGGGGAGCGUGCCGGUCAGAACAUUCCUAGAACCAGUCAAUACCAGGAGUGAGAAACAGUAAAGGAGCUAGAAACAGAAGUUACGGCGUACCAGGAGCUUGAAACAGUAGUUGGAUAUCAGGAGUGAGGAACAGGAAUGAUUGGAUAACAGGAGUGAGGAACAGAAAUAACUGGAUAUCUGGAGUAAAGACCGAAAUGACAAGAUACCAGAAGUAAAGAACAGAAAUGAUAGGAUAUCAGGAGUGAGAAACAGGGAUGAUUUUGAAUAACAGGAGCUAGAAACAUACACAAUUGGAUAUUCAGAGCUAGAAACAUAAUUUGUUGGAAAUCAGGAGCUAAAAACAGCAUUUGUUGGAUAUCAGAAUCUAGAAACAGCAUUUGUUGGAUAUCAGGAUCUAGAAAUAGCAUUUGUUGGCUAUCAGAGUCUAGAAACAGCAUUUGUUGGAUAUCAGAAUCUAGAAACAGCCUUUGUUGGAUAUUAGUAUCUAGAAACAGCAUUUGUUGGUUAUCAGGAUCUAGAAACAGUAUUUGUUGGAUAGUAGAAUCUAGAAACAGCAUUUGUUGGAUAUCAGGAUAUAGAAACAGUAACAUAUGAGUUGCUCCACCUGCCAUAUUACUUCAUUUACGAAUCUUUCUCCUUUAUCGCGUGAGUAAAUUCAAGGAAAAUAUGAUCCAUUAUCAUGGUAAAACUAUCUAGUAUCUAUCAUAUCAUAAACACUAUACAGUGAUCUUCAUAUCAGGAGAGAAAAAAACAUCAAAAUUUAAAUUUUUAAACAACGGAAAUAAAAUAACGUGGCAUAUCUA